UCACGUCGACGAUAAUUUCGCGCCACCAGCAGGAUCAAAGAGAAAACAAUGGGUUAGCUAACAGCAGUAACUCCACUGAGGAGAGUGGCUUUACCGAGUGUGUUGGACUUCAGUAUUCAAACUGGAAAAGGUCUAAAGCAGGACAACUUACAUGUGUGUUGAAGUUUGAUAUAAGGCUAAAAGUAGAGAUGAAAAUGGAUGAAAUCCCACAUGAUAAUAUCAAUCGUCAAACUGAGAAAGAUCUUGAUUCUCCACUCACACCCAAACGACCAAGAAUUGAUUGUUCAUCACCAAAUGACCACAGCGGAAAAAGCUGGUUUGAUUUUCCAGAGCUUUUGACACUUCGGAAAACUGCAUCCACCCAGUCUUCAGCGAAUAUGUUGCAGAACACCGCUGGUCUAGAAUGUAGAGAUACAGCGUAUGGGAAACCUGACAACCAACUGGAAAACACUCAGUUAGGUCUUUCCCCAAAGUUGGCAACUUCACACAGUGAUGAUGCAGACACAGGAUCAUUUAAUCCCUGCUGUAUUGCGACUGAAAGAAGUGUCCCUCUGGUGAAAAAUGAGCAGCCUCCAGUAAAUGAAACUGACGAGCUCAGCUUGUACCCACUAGACGAUGCAGGUGGGGCGUUCGCAGAGUUUUACACUUUGAAAGACAGCAUUGCUUACACGUCCAGUCAUCCUGAUUGCAACCGUCUGAAGAAAUCACUUGAAGACGAGCCCCCCCGCAGGUGCAAUGUUACUGCUGGAAAUGACAAAGAUAGGAGACAGGUGCAAAAUAGUGUCAGUCAGAUCCAAGUAUUCAGCCUCAGUUCAAGUGAUGUGGAGCUCAGAUGCCUGUCUGAUUGCAUAUAUGAAGACAUGCUUCAUGACCCAGAUUUCUAUAAGACAUGGGGUAAAUCUGCUGAACUUGAAGAGAGUAAUCAGAGGAAUGGUGAGGAGGAAUUUACAGAGAACGGUCUUAUGAGCAAGGAAAAGGCUGAAAGUUCUGUAUCCUCCAUUGAUUAUGCAGACUCUGAAUCAGUCUACUCAAUCCCUGAAGAGGAUCCCUCCAGGAGCACGGCAGAAGGUGUAAAAAAUGAGGAAGAGAUAUUAGAAUUGCAGAUCCAUGAAAGUGAAAAUGUUUCUAACUGUGAUGGGGAAACAAAAACCAGAGUAAAUGAAAAUGGCAUGACCAUAAACUCGAUCCCCUCUGAUGCUGCUGAGUGGGCCAAGGGAUCAGUGGUUUCUUGUGAUAUGGUGUUAGUCAGAAAUAUUACAGCUGAGACUGCUGAUGACUUCUGUGGGGCAAAAGAAGCCCAUGCUGCUGGCCAGAUGAUAGCCAAAACUGAGAGUGAAACGGCUGAUCACACAACAGAGACUCCAAUGCCUGCAAGGAUCAGUCAAGAGCCUGCUGAAGGAGAUAAUGAUGCGGGCCCAUUCGGUGUAAUUGACCCUGCAAUCUGGAGUGAAAGUGACAGGGAGGCUGAGCCGAAACGCUGUAACUCAGAGAGCACUGAAGGUGUGGAAUUAUCUCCAUUUAUAAAAAUCUGUGAGCUAGAAAUGUUUCUCUGUCCUCUCGUCCAGCCACAAGGAGAGGAGAUAUGUCAGCCAUACACAGAGCUACAACCAUGCCCCAGCACCACUAAAGAAAUACACGACAACACAAACAAUAAAGGCAACUUUCAGCAGGAGUCCAGUCUUAGCAGCAGCCAGAGGGCUGCUCCUGCUGGGGACGAAACACAAGAGACCUCUGACGCUCCAACAGAGCUGGAUGAGUCUGUUUGUUUGUCUGACAGUUUGGACCCACAGGAGGUUGAAUAUUUAUGGGCUGAAAUUGCAGAGAUAUACGGUAUGAACCAGACAGAAGACAAGGCAAGACAUGAAACAAAAAGUAAGGGAGGAAAAGAACCAGACACUUCAGUGAAGUUAGAGGAAAAACCUUUGCAGCAAAGUGAAAAACACAAAGAAGACACAUCUGAAAUAUUUAGUGACUUCAUUAAGGAGUUAGAAGAGGGCAAAACAAGUCUCUCUGGCAAUGAGAUAGCACAUGCUGAAGGGGAAUCUGCAAAUAACCCUGGAUGUUUUUAUGAUCACCCAUAUAGUGCUGUAAAUCCUUUAGUUGGAGGGACAGAGGAAGGAAAUGAAAGACUAGAAAAAGACAAGAAUGACUAUAAAGAAAGCUCAGAGAUGCAAGCGAUGCAAGAAGACAGUCAACAGGAAUUCAUUGAAGGAACAAUAGAGGAAAAGGAAAUACUAGAAGAGGAUAAAAAUGAUGAUAAAGAGGGCUCAGGGAUGUCUGUGAAACAAGGGGAAAGUCAACAGGAAUUCAUCGAAGGAACAACACAAGGAAAGAAAAGGAAGGAAGAGGAAGAAAGUUGCCUCAAAGAAAAAAGCUCAGAGAUGUCAGAGCAACAAGAGGACAGUCAACAGCCAUUCAUGGAAGGGACAGAGGAGAAAAAGGACAGGCUAGAAGAUGAAAGAAAUUACGGUAAAGAAAGCUCAGAGAUGUUGGCGAAACAAGAGGACAGUCAACAGGAAUUCAUUGAUGGGACAACAGAGGGAAAGGAAAGAAAGGAAGAGGACGAAAGUGGAGAUAAAGAGGGCUCAGAGACGUCAGCGCAUCAAGAGGGCAGUCAGCAAGAAGAAGUCAUAACUGAGGCGUCAACUGAUGAAUGUAUCAAUGGGCAGAUUGAAGCUAUCAUGAGCAAAAGUGGAGACAAAUUAAACCCCGAUAGUCAGCAUGAACAACCCAACAAGCUCUUUUGUUUCUCGGAGUCCCAGCACAGACCAGAGACGGAUGACAUUUUGGCUUUCACCUCUCCUCCCUCAAGAGAUGCAGUUGUUCCAGGUCCACAAGAAUUGAGACAUUCACAAAAUGCUGACAAAACCCCCACAGCCAUCAUAUGCAGUGACAGAUUUUCCCCAGUGCCAUCUGCCUUCUCUUUCUGUGACCGGGUGCUGGGGGCUUUUGACACUUUUGAAAAGAUCCAGCUCUCACUAGACGAUGAUGGCGAUGAUGAUUCUGGUUUGGUGAGCGGCCCUCUGCUAACGAGCGUGCUGGAGACGCCCAAGAGACAGCUUUGCCACCCCAUGCCAGAGGCAGAAAGCAAUGAGUGCAAGGAGGGGCCACAAGAGGAAGAUAAGGAGGGCAAAGAGGAGGAUGUGGAAAGAUUUGACAACAUAGCAAAUGGAUUAUCAAGCUGUGAUUGCAGUUGUGAUGAACUUUCAAACUUUAUCUCAGCUGCAGAUGUUCCCGCCCCCGGCUCAACGGAGCAAAAGCCCAAUUGUGAAUCAGUCUUUAAAUCCUCUGAGGACUUUCUGGAUGAGUUGAAACCACAGUCGAUAUCCUACACUGUUUCCUCUGAAUGUGACAGCCCAGCCUCUGAUGUGAUCAAAAAACCCAAGUUUGAGAUGAAGAAACAGUUUGACAAAGUCCUGCAAGAGCUGAACUUGUUUUUUGAUGUCAGUAGAAGUGAGUUUGAAAGCUACAGUAGAGAAUCCUCUCCGGAGCAGUGUGGUGAAGUGACUGAGGCCUGGGGGAGCGAUGCUUCAAACUGCAAAGAACCUCUGACUGCAUGUGAAAAAGACACAUCAUCAGAUGAUGCUGAUGAAGUCCGCAGUUUGGAUAUUUGUGGAAGCGAGCCAGUGGUGUCGUGUACUCCUGGCAGAGGUGACGGUGAGCAGGAGGUGCCUGUUGGCAGCAGCGCUGAAGUGUCCUUGUACACUGCAGAGAAACACAAAGAGAGAGAGCCCCGGGAGAUGGAGCCGAAAAGAAAAAUGUGGUCUCCGUCCUUCAUGUGUCAAACAUUCCUGGAACAACUGAGCCACAGACCACCAGAGCCAACAAGAAGACUGGAGCCUCUGAGGACCUGCACACGCCCACUCCGGGUCGGACUUUCAAAGAGAGCCAAAACAAAACGCCUUCACCGCCCUCACCCCUACAAAUGAACAGAGAUGUUAUGAAGAUGACAUGCAUGAGGUUAAUGGAGCGUUCUUUCAUGCCAUGGUUUUUGAUGAUUUACAGCGUGCUGUUCAUGUUUUCUUCUGUGUUUUUGUGAGUCAUUCCUGUACAUUUCUCUCUUUAAGCCAGGAAAGGAUGAGUCUACAGCAUUAUACAUUUAUAUACGUCUUCUCAUGGGGAGUUCUAUAUAAUCACAGUCUGCUGCUGUUUGUCCACUGAGCAGUUCGACUGCAGCGGUCGGGGAGUUAGUGCUCGCCCGAGGUAUUUGUGGAUGAAAGGAAGUCUGUUUGACUGCUGGGAAAUAGUUGUUAAAAUAUUUCCUUAAUUUCAUUUAUUUAUGGACCACUUGUUUUUGUAUUUAUCUAUUUAUUUAUUGACAGAAUCCCAGCCCUAAUUAUUGUUUAAAAAUACUCAUCUAGUAUUUAUCUAGUUUAUUUAAUAAUAGUAUUCAUAAAUGAUUAUUUAUUAUCCUAAUUUAAACAGAAUAUAAAAUACUUUGUUGCAUUUUAUAGACAUAUAUGCUCUCCAUUCAGUUAUAUUGCAUGUAAAUGUUUUUUAUGUUUUAAUGUAGCUGUGUUUAAACAGUUUACUACUUGUUCCGGUUCUGUGUGGGCGCAUUCAGUCAGAUGUAAUGAGCCGUGUAUGUUCUAUUACUGCUCUGUUUUUACUGUUCACAUGUCCCGUACGCAGCGUAUCCCCAAGCAAUUUUGUGCAGGGUUAGUUAUCAAUUCACCAAAGACUUGAAUGUUCUCAUUUAUAUAAAAUUUAUUUUCCAUG